AGGAAGAAGAAGAAGAAGAAGAAGAAGAAGAAGAAGACGGAGGACGCCGAGAUGUUUGCCCUUCGAGGGAGGCAAAGCCUAAAACGUGCCGUUUGCCAUCCCGGGUUAACAAGUCUGAGGAGUCCGGCAGGCGCCCAGAACCCAGUCCCGCAGGACGACCACACGCCCGUCAAAAUGGAGAACCCGUACCGGCAGCCGGAGAAGGGAUGCGUCCUCUGCAGCACCGCCGUGGACUUCAAGAAUGUCCAGUUGCUGUCCCAGUUCGUGUCCCCUCACACAGGCAGAAUUUAUGGCCGGCACAUUACAGGGUUGUGUGGUGUCAAGCAGAGGCAGGUCUCCAAAGCCAUUAAGAAAGCCAUUUCCAUGGGUUUCAUGUCAGUGACCCACAAGCACCCACAGUUUAUGAGGGACCCCAACAUAUGUAAUAUCAAAUCCAUUGAAUAAGUACCCCCACUGUGUUCAGCCUGUUAUACUGCUAAUUUAAGGUGUCUGCUGAAAGUUUGUCGUCGUACAUUUUUACACACUGUGUGCUGUUUUGUCAAAUGUUGCAAACCCCGAGUAAAACGUUGCCACA